GUUUCCUCUGAAAGUGAAAGCAGCGGGAACUAACUUACGUGAAGGAGUGUCGGCAAAAUAACAACCGCUGCUACUAAAACCUAAUUGUUAGCUCUCAGAAAGGAGGUUUUACUGAAGUUUAUUAGAUAUUUUCGCUUGUUGGACGUAAGUUGAACUCGCCGAGCACCAGGCCUGUGCUGGUGGGAUUGGUACUGUGAUGGACAGACUGAUGUUGGCCCACAUUGAUGAGGAGCUGGUGUCCUCUGAGGUGGAAGCUCUCUGCUUCUUGUGUCAGGGUCUUAUCCAAAGGAAACGCCUGGAGGGGGUCAAGGAUGCAAAAACCCUCUUUGUGAAACUAGAAGAAAAAGGUCUGUUAGACAACCCUUCCUUACUUUAUCAGCUGCUCCGAACUAUCAAAAGAGCUGAUCUCCUCAGCCUCCUGGAGACAGACAGCAGGCGGCCAGAAGAAACCGACGCAAAUCCCAUCCUGUCAGAUUACAGGGUGAUGCUGUACCAAAUACAUGAGGACAUGACCGAGGAAAACCUCGGCAAGAUGAAGUUUCUGUUGAGUAGCAAGCUGGGCAAAAGACAAAUUGAGACAUGCAAUACAGCCCUGGAUGUGUUUGUUGAGAUGGAAAAGGCGGGUUUACUGUCAGAGACAAACCUUGAUGAGCUGCAUGAAACACUGCUGCAGCUGGAUCAACAGCAGGCACUGACUGUACAGCGCUACAAACAGAGGGGAACCCGGCGACCUCAAACUACAUUACUAUCUCGUGUCAGCAUGGAUUACCAGCCAACACAACCUGUUCUGUCCAUAUCUGAGAUGUACAACGAUUUCAGGCCUAAUGUUUACUCCGAUGCAGAACCAAACUCCUUGCCAAAGUCCUUGCCUCUUUUUGAUCCGAAAGACUACUACGUCCUGGCUCAUAUCCCUCACGGUAUGUGUGUGAUUUUCAACAAUGAGAACUUCUCGGAAACAUCGCUGAACUAUAGAAGAGGGUCUCAGCAGGAUGAGAAGUCUUUGCUCCAAGUGUUCACAACGCUUGGCUUCACUGUGGUAGUGCACCACAACUUGAGUGCUGAAUGCAUGCAAAGGGAGCUAGAAGAGCUGGGCCAAAGGAAUUUUUUGAAUGAUGAUGCCUUGGUGGUGUGCCUGCUUUCCCACGGAGACAAGGGGUGUGUCUUUGGGACUGAUGGGCAGAAGGUGUUCUUGCAAGAUGUGACAAAGCCCUUUACAAGCGGGCAAGCUCCCACCUUGGCAGGGAAGCCCAAACUGUUCUUCAUCCAAGCAUGUCAGGGAAACCUCUACCAGAGAGGAUCUGUGCCAUGUCCCCCAAGGCCAAGACAGGAGGAGGGGGACAGAGAGAGCCGCCUGGAGGAAGACGCAGGUCCUGUACAUGGCGAGACGGUGCCUCAUGAUGCUGACUUCCUGCUGGGGAUGGCCACUGUGCCAGAGUGCAGGUCGUUUCGAAACACUUCCACAGGCUCCAUCUACAUCCAGCAGCUGUGCCGGGAGCUUCUGAAGUCAGCUGAAAGCUCGGAGCGGGAUGAUGAUAUUCUCACUGUCCUGACACGUGUGAACAGGGAGGUCAGCAAAGGAGAAUAUUUAACAUACAAACAAAUGCCUGAGCCUAAAUACACCCUCACCAAGAAGCUCGUCCUCAAAUGUGUGUGAGCUGACGGAGACCAAGUGCAAUCCCGGAAAUGUGCACAAAUUUCCGGGUUCUAAUAGACCAUACUAAAUUUACUGAAUGUAUCAGUGUGUGUGUGUUUUUUUAAUCUUUGUAAGGUAUAGCUGAUUGUAUGAAUUUAAAUGUAAGCGUCUUUGAAGUUGCCUUAAGAAGCUGAUGUCUCCUAAUCUUAAGAACAAAGAAGCAUCAUGUCUGUUUUGAAUUGAUGACCAUUGGUGAUUAAUUCCAUGUGAUAUAGGAAAAAUAAACAAUAAGACAUCA